AUGGGUGUCUCCCCGCACCCCACAGUCCAUGCAAGGAGAAAGCGUUCCGAAGACGAUGACGAUGGGGACGACCAAGAGACGACGCCGAUACCGGCGACCAGAGCCGAACCACGGCAAUUGGCUCCGAUCCCCUUACGCCUCCAACAAGCAGCUUCCGCCUACUCUAGUUCCACGACCUCCCAGUCCCGAACUUCUUCUCGAACCUCGACCAGAAGCCGCGCCACGAGCCCCGUCAAACGUACUGUGAACCUUGAAUUCCUUUCCAAGCCGGUACACUUUGAGGAACCGGGCGACGACCUAGACGCACAACUUACCGACGAUGCUGCCCGCGAGCUGCUCUCCCAUAUCACGCGCAUCACGAGGUGGAAGACAGAGUUCCUGCCCGCCGAAGCGUGCGACAUCAUCCGGGCAAAUGUACCCGACGGGAAGAACUGGCCGAGCCAGUGGUUCCGGCCAAAGGGUGAUCAAAACAAGGACGAGGACGAGGACGGGGAAAAGAAAUUGGCGGCACAGAUACAAUUCGCAGCGCUCUCCGAGAUCGUGUUCGAGACCAAGGCAUCGAUCAAGCGGAUCCGCCACGAGCUCGCCUGGAACAACGCGGUGCAUUGGCCGCUCCUCAAGCUCGCGACACGCUCCGUCUCGGGAUGGGGAGGUGGAGGCGUCAUCUGCGAGCCUACGAUGAGCGCAGGCAUAGCCAACAUGUGGCUUCCAGGCAUGGCGAACAGCCAGGCUCAGGAACAAAACGGAGUUGCGGGAGGCAAGAUGGUCGACUAUGUCUUAACCCUCGACCUCCAUAACCGACGCCCCUCCGACGCGCCGCUGCGCGAAGCUAUUGUUCGCCUUGUCCGCGAUCAACCCCCUGAUGUCCAGUCCGUCAACCAGACCAAUUACCACCCCCUCGUCUUCAACCCCAUCGGCGUAAGCAUUGAAACCAAGUGCAACACGGGAGCCGCAGAGGGCAACGUGCAAUUGGGCAUCUGGACAGCUGCCUGGCAUCAGCGUGUUCAAAACCUCGUGAAAUCCCCGGUCAACAUCGCACUGCCCCUGCUUCUCUGCCACGAGCACGCCUGGAAGCUGUACUUUGCAUGCGACAGAGGUCACGAGAUCGAAAUCAUUGGCCCAAUUACCAUUGGAAGCACCGACACGCUCGACUCGGCGUACUCCCUCUUUGCCGUGCUGGUCGAAAUCUGCAAAUGGGUCGAGGGGCCUUACCGCACCUGGUGGGAGACUAUACUUGGGGUGGCGAAGGACAGCUCAGGGGGGCCGGGUGGAGAUUCAGGAGCUUGA